AUGCCCGAAAUACAAGACUACACAAAAGCAUUCGAUGUCCUUGCAGAAUAUAGUUCUGGGGACGGUUUGCAUAUCGACUCGCUGCUCGACUCAGACAAACAUGGCGCGUUGACGUACAACGACUUUCUCAUUUUGCCAGGAUCUAUCACUUUCUCAGCACAAGAUGUCACCUUGGAUACCAAGGUUACGAGACGAUUCACCCUCAAAGCUCCUCUCCUCUCCUCUCCCAUGGACACCGUGACCGAACACAACAUGGCUAUCCACAUGGCUCUCCUGGGUGGUCUUGGUGUUAUCCACAAUAAUUGCACCGCCGAAGAACAGGCUGAGAUGGUGAAAAAAGUGAAGCGCUAUGAAAAUGGCUUUAUCCAAGACCCCGUUGUUCUGUCUCCGAAAGCAACCGUCGGGGAUGCAAAGCAAUUGAAAGAGAAGUGGGGGUUUGGUGGUUUCCCUGUUACUGAAAAUGGGACACUCCACUCCAAGCUCCUCGGCAUAAUCACUAGCCGGGAUAUUCAGUUUCACGACCAGCCGAAUGACUCAGUCUCUGCCGUCAUGUCGACAAAUCUCGUCACUGCACCGGCGGGGACAACACUUUCCCAAGCCAACGAGGUUCUUAGAAAAUCAAAGAAGGGGAAGCUGCCAGUCGUGAAUGAAGACGGAGCGCUAAUUUCGUUGCUUUCUCGAUCGGAUUUGAUGAAAAACAUUCACUAUCCUCUAGCAUCAAAACUCGAAUCUAAACAGCUACUUUGUGCAGCAGCCAUCAGCACCCACGAGGCAGACAAGGAUCGACUACAAAAGAUGGUCGAUGCCGGGCUGGAUAUUGUUGUCGUGGAUAGCAGCCAAGGAAAUAGCAUGUACCAGAUCGCCAUGAUCAAAUACAUCAAACAGAACCUCCCCCAAAUCGACGUUAUAGCGGGAAAUAUUGUUACCCGAGAACAAGCUGCAGCACUCAUUGCCGCCGGUGCUGACGGUCUCAGAAUCGGCAUGGGCAGUGGCAGCGCGUGCAUCACGCAGGAAGUUAUGGCCGUCGGUCGCCCUCAAGCUGCAGCAGUACGCAGUGUAUGCUCAUUUGCUGCGCGGUUCGGUAUCCCUUGUAUUGCAGAUGGUGGAGUUCAAAAUCUUGGCCAUAUUGUAAAGGGACUUGCGCUUGGAGCCUCGACGGUGAUGAUGGGAGGCCUGCUUGCAGGAACUACUGAAUCUCCCGGUGACUACUUCGUGAGCAAAGAAGGACAAUUAGUCAAAGCUUACCGGGGAAUGGGAAGCAUCGCAGUCAUGGAAGAUAAAGGGGAAAGUGCCGGCAAUGCUGGUGCGUCCCGUUACUUUUCGGAAAAUGACAAGGUCAAGGUUGCGCAAGGUGUUGCGGGCUCGGUUGUUGAUCGUGGCUCUAUUACCAAGUUUGUCCCUUACCUUGUGACUGGUAUACAACACUCUCUUCAGGAUAUUGGAGUCCGAAGUCUUGAUGCCUUACGCGACGAGGUUGACAAUGGACUCGUUCGGUUUGAGAUGAGAAGCGGGAGCGCACAGGCCGAGGGAAACGUGAAUGGUUUGCACACCCAUGAAAAGAAGCUAUAUGUUUGA